UUCAUUUACACUUUACGUUUCCUUCUCCAUUUCUCUUUGACAAACCAACCCAAAGCAGAGACAAACAGGCGCUCUCUCCCAACAUGGCCAACUCCAAGAGAUUGUUUGGCGUUGUGCGGAGGAACCUUCUCCGGCGAUCUCCCAGCAGCAUCACCACCAUUCGCUCAUCAAUCCAACAAACCACUAGAGAGAACAUUGCCGCCAUUAAAAUCCAAGCUUUCUUCAGAGGUCACCUGGCAAGGAGAGCGUUCAGAGCGCUCAAGAGUCUGGUGAAGCUUCAGGCAGUGGCGAGAGGUGUGCUUGUAAGGAGACAAGCUCGAAUAGCCUUACAUUGUAUGCAUGCUCUUGCUCGCUUGCAGGUUAGGGUUCGUGCUCGUCAGAUUCUCUCCCAUUAAAAAUUCCAUGACACAAUACCUCUCUUGCGAUUGUGACAUCUACAUAACAUCAUUGUUCUUUCAAAUUAUUUAAUUAACUUCUUUGUGAUUUUGCAUAUGUAUACUAAUUAACCCUAACACCCUUCAAUUUGUACUGAUAAACAAAAUAUCAGCAUAGCUGAAACUCUGUCUCAAAUUUUUAUUGUUAAAAGUAAAUAGAAAAUAUACAUUCUAAAAAGGAUCAAUAUUUCAUAAUGAACCAAAGAGAAUCACACGCAGUAAGAAGAGAUUUAUUAAGACUUGGAAAGGAAGGUAAUGAAGGGUUGGGUGGAGCCUACCUUGGAUAGAAAGAAAGGGUGAGUAAGGCUUCCAUGAAGACUCACCAUUUUGUCUACUUUGAUAUUUAAUAAUCUGGAUAUUAUAAGCAAGGUACCUAAUGAUUUUACAUCAAAAAUACCAUCAACAAAGAACAUUUUCAUUCUCAACACACACAAGAAAAAAAAUGUUGAUAUAUAUAUAUAGAUAGAUCUACAAGAAAGAGAGUGACGAGAGAGCACUGAGAUAUUGGCGCGGCUCAAU